GACGCCAAACAGGUAGUCUCGGGGUGUGGCCUUGGUUGUAGAUGUUGUUCGAGAGACAAACGCAGAAGCAUAAAUAAAGCUUAACAGAAAAGUGUCGCUGAGAGUUUGUGCAGACAUGGAUUUUACUCGGUUAUUGUCGCUGCUGGUCGUUUUCUGCUGGUUUUCUGCCUCUGAUGCCGCAGGUAAAGGACGGGGGUUUAUUGGGUACAAGGACCCUGAGAAUUCAGAACAAGUUGUUGUGGACAAGGCAACAGCUGACACGCUGAGAAGUAGCCUCACCACAGUCUUCCUCCCAAUCCUCUACAUCAUUGUGCUUGUGGUGGGUCUCCCUGCCAACGGCAUGGCCAUCUGGGUAUUUCUCUUCAGGACCAAGAAGAAGCACCCAUCAUCAAUCUACAUGGCCAACCUGGCUAUGGCUGACCUGCUUUUUGUCAUUUGGACGCCGCUAAAAAUUUUCUACCAUUUCAACGGCAACAACUGGACCUACGGAGAGACGAUGUGCAAAGUCUUUGUGAGCUUCUUCUACGGAAACAUGUAUUGCUCCAUUCUUUUCAUCACCUGCCUCAGUGUGCAGAGGUACUGGGUUGUGGCUCACCCUUUGUCCCAUCAGAGGAAGAACAACAAAGUGGCUAUUGGUGUCUGUGUGGCAGUCUGGGCUUUCAUCUGGCUCACCACCACGCCUCUGUACUUAUAUAACCACACCGCAAAACUCAAAGACCUCAACAUAACCACGUGCCACGAUGUCAACGUCAUACAGGAUUCCCUCAAUCCAUUCCCUUCUGUCCAGAUCCCCUACUUCUACUUCAUCUUCAUGGGUAUGGUCGUGUUCCUCGUCCCUUGUGUAGUGAUCAUUGUGGCCUAUGUUCUGUUACUCAGGGCUCUGGGGAACAGCAUGGAGGACAGUACAGCAGCAAAGAACCGGCACAAAGUUGUGGUGUUGAUUGUGAUUGUCCUGGUUACAUUCCUGGUGUGUUUUGUCCCCAGUAACAUCAUGCUGGUGGUGCAUUACUCCCUAUUGAAGGAUGGGGAGAUAAAUAAUGGCUAUGGCUUCUACAUCUCCACAUUAUGCCUGGCCAGUCUCAACAGCUGCCUGGACCCUUUCAUUUACUACUUUGUGUCUGAGGACUUCAGAAACCAUGUGAAGAACACACUGCUAUGCAGGAGCAGCAGGACUGUGGAGAGGAUGAGGGUUUCAUUCAGUUCCAUGAAGUAUUCCAGGAAGAGCAAAGCAUAUGUUUCAAAUAGUGGAGAAACACAGAGCAGUAACUGUUAAAUCAGAUUAAGGAGAGAAAAAACACUGAUUAGAUAUCAAAUAUCCUGCCUAUCCUGCCUUGCUUGUACUCUGGUGUACUGAAAACAUGGCAGCGCACAGACCUGGUGGCACUUGGACUCAGUAGCUAGGUCUGUCAUAAUGAACAUGAGGCCCAUCAGGUGCAACCAGGUAACCUCAGCACAUCAGACAACCAAAGACGAACUUUAAAUGUGAAGAUGAGUGUGUUGGGAUGAGGGUAGAGGUCAUUUUAACUUGGUUUUAUAAUGCAAAACAUUAAUACACACACAUACACAUAUAUAUAUAUAUAUAUAUAUAUAUGAGAGAGAGAGAAACUGCCUGUUAAAAACAGUUAGUCCUUGGCUGCAUAAAAUGUCUAAUAGAUGUGUUUUUUGCUAAGAUUGUGACUGACUAGUUCACUGCAUUAGAGAACAUUUAAAGCAAACAAACCUGAUGUGUUGAGAGCAAUGGAACAAGAGAUCAUUUUUAACAAGAGAGAAUGUCAAGUUAUGACUUUAAUAAAGGCGUAAAUGUAGCUUCAGUCAAAUCUACAACAGAAAGGGUGUAUUUAAUGUUCAUUCCUGGUUUUUAUCUUGUUAUUUUAAACCACCUUUGGUUUUUAUUUACUUUUGAGUUUGAAAGUGAUGCGGAAAAAGGUGGUAGUGUUGCUAUUUUUUUAAUAAAUGAUAAAACAACAGGAUGCAAGUGAGUCACUGGCAAUGUUGUUAUCAUACAGCUGGAGACGGAUGUAGAGUCAUUGUCAUGGAUCAUUCUCUACAUGUUGAGGAAAUGUUCUGAAUUCAGAGAAUGUGCUGUCAUGUUUAGUGUCUGAAAGUGUACGUACCACUCCUUUAAACCCGUAUUUUUAUGUUUUACUUAGUUGUUAAUUAUACUGUUUACUAAAGAAACGUCCAGAAAAAGAGGGUCAGAGUGUUAAAAGCUGGAGUAGGCAAUUUCAGAUCGAUUUUUAGUUAAAAUUUGUUGAAAUUCUCUUUGCAUCCUGACAGCCAUCAAUAAAUCAGAUGAAAUGAGAAACAUCUGGUGGCUAUCGCAAGACUGUUAUAAGCACGGCCAGUCUGCCUACAUGCAAUCUGCACAUGUACCCAUAUUACAUGAAAUGUGUUCUGGCGGGUGGGAUUUUAUUUGAUUGGAUAUUUUCUAGCUGUCUCCUGCUAGUUUCUCCAAGAAUGUUUUAAGAGCGUGACGAGACACGUCAUGAGGAUGACUAAGUCAUAGGUUGCUUCAGUCACUAGUUUCAGUGUCAGACCAGUUUCACCUAUAUAGGGAACACAGCUCACAUUACUUUUUAUUUUUAUUUUUUGAAACACAGGGACCUAUGUAAUAGCUUUCCUCUUGAUAAAUUAUUUUGCUCUUAAA